AUGUUGCUGAGAAACAUUGAUCCGAAGCGACAACUAUGCAACGGGACGAGGUUGGUGGUCACCGAACUGCGGAGACACAACUUCAAGGCGAGGAGGUUGUCCGGCGCUGACGACGCGCAGGAAGACAUCAUCUUACCCGCUGUUUCGAUGACUUCCGGUGAGGAAGACGAUUUGCCUUUUCGAAUGAAGCGGAUUCAAUUCCCGGUACGGUUGUCGUUUGCCAUGACAAUCAACAAGUCUCAGGGUCAAACGUUCGACCGAGUCGGUUUGCUCCUGCCGUCACCCGUCUUCAGCCAUGGACAGUUGUACGUUGCGUUUUCAAGAGUGAGGGACGCGCAAUCAGUUAAAGUCGGCAUGUACUGCGAUGGAAAUGGUCGAUUCGUCACCAAGAAUAUCGUGUAUGCAGAAGUUCUCUGA